CCAGGGACAACACGGAGAACCUAAUGCAUUUAUGAAUCAACCUGGAACCAUGUUGACCCGGCCUCAGUGCCUAUGGAAACUGCCCCCGAUCCCCUUCCCAGCUGCCCACUGCACGCUGUACUGCUCACUGAGUGGGUAAUGUUACACUACCAAGUUCGUUACCCACACCGUAUUAACAGGGUUAGCCUGCCCCGCCUCGUCAGCGCGGUAACGAACUGCCCCGCGACAAUCAAGCCACCACAGACUGCCCUGUCCAAGCGAGAAGGACGUCAACCAAGCAGGACGUCAACGUCUCGCACAUGCGGCCUCGCCAAUGGGACCCCAGGUCAUCCAUCUGCCCGACGGGCAGCACUUCACCGUGACGCCCGUGUUUGCCGGCCUGUUCUUCAAGUCGGCCGAGCUCAGCACGCACAACAACGCCUUCCCCGUCGGCUGGACCAUUGUGAUCCACACCGCCGACGAUGACGAUGACGGCGCGGUUGGCACCUCCGGGGCUCCCGGGGCCGUCGAAAAACGGCCACACCACCACACGUUCACGAAACCGACGUUACAGCAUGACAGCCUCUUCAUCUCGUCCAUCUCGAGCCCCUCCAGCCAGGAAUUCAAGCCCGCCGCCAGCCCGACCCGGCAAAUCGCCAUGAUGCUCUGGGUCACGCUCUACUGGUACUUCCACCAACCGCCGCCGCCCGCGAUUGUGACGACCGAGGCCUCCAAGCUGACCCCCGAGGCCGGCAGACCGCGGGGCGAGUGGCGCGUGCGCAUCAAGAAGGAGGGCGUGUUGGGUGGCCGGAACGUGCUCCCGAAGAUGGAGCGCAUGGGCCUGGUCGCGAGCCUCAACUCCGCCGUGGGGACCGCGCUGGAGGACAGCGACGACGCCUGGUCCGACAUGUUCGUCACGCGCCGCAUGUUCUGGCAGAUACCCGGCCGCUUGUUCCUGUUCACGCUCCAGCCCGUCGCCGGCAAGCACCCCCGCUCGCACCCCGGUUCGGCGACUCCGAGCCGACCGGGAUCGCCGGCCUGGCCGGGCGAGCGUGUGGCUCCCGUCGAGCCCCAGCUGGCCAUCGCCGAAGCGGGCGACCACCCCGGCGCCGCGCCGUCGCCGUCGCUCAUGAGCGUUCCCUCCUUCCCCAUCGGGCCCUUCUUCAGCGCCUCCUAUCUCCCGACAUACUACCCACCCGCGCCGCUGCAGUACACCUUCACGAACCACGUCCGCCACCCCGUGCGACCGAAACCGCCCCGGAUGGGCGAGGUCUUCUACACCCGCUUCAUCCCCUCCGUGGGGCAGUACCUCUCCUUCCGCGUCGCCUCGCUCUCUCCUGCCCCGGUGCCCUACAUGGGCCCCGUCGGGCCCAAUCCGCCGCCCGCACACGCACACUCCCAGCUCCUCGCCAUGACGGACUCGGCCCUGCUCGAGACGUGGCGCGCCAGCCCCCGCGUGUCCGCCUUCUGGGGCCCGUACGAGCCCGAUUUCCUCGCGAACGCCCUGCGGAGCCGCCACAGCUUCCCCGUCAUCGGCCUGUGGGACGGCGUGCCGUUUGGCUACUUUGAGCUGUACUGGGUCAAGGAGGACGUGCUGGGCCGCCAUGCGGGAUCCGUCGUCGACGACUGGGACCGCGGGUUCCACGUCCUGAUCGGGGAGGAGUGGGCCAGGGGCCGCGUGCAGGCCUGGGUGAGCAGCCUGGUGCAUUGGUCCUUCUGUGCCGAUUACCGGACCAUGAACGUCUGCAUAGAGCCGAGAGUAGAUAACACGAGGUUCAUCCGGCAUCUUGAGGAGGCCGGUUUCACCAAGGAGAAGGAGGUUACGUUCCCGCACAAGCAGGCCUGGUUCGGCCGGCUGAGGCGGGAGAGCUGGGAAGGGCCCGCAUUCUGAUAGCUUCGCAGCUGUUUGAAGCCUGCACGGCUUGUCGAGAGUGAACCAGGCAGAGAAACAAGGACCUCCAAG